AUUUGGCAACACUGGUGAGAACAGGGUCAGUUGUUAAUCUCACUGUUUUAAGAGCUUGCAGCAUUUUUUUUUUUUAGUUUGGAUCUGCAUAAUCACUGACAUCUUUAGUUGAUGAUUCUGCAUGAUCGACAGCUCCCUAAAUGCAAACUUUCUGUUCUCUUUUCUGUUUGUGAACGGAAGUUAUUUCUGUGUCGUCGAGCUGGUGGUCAAAAGUUUCUGGAAUAUAUUUGCUUUUUGCAGAAGAGCAAUGAGCUGCCAACACAGUCUCUUAUUUCUAUUCCUCUCUGGCUUCAUUACUGCAAUCACUGUUGCAGAGAUAUGUAAAACAGAACUACUCGAGGGAACGUCCUGCACCAUCAAGCUUCCAACAAAAAACACUGACAAAUCUAAUGAGAUCAAAUGGGUCCAUCUCUCUAGUGAUGCUGUGGUUCACAGGAAAGGUGGGAAGAUCAGGACAAACACUCCAGGUCUAAGAAUGGAAGAAGAUGGAUCAUUAACAUUUGAAAGUGUUAGUCUGAAGAACACCGGCAGAUAUACAUACACUGUUUUUAAUAAUGAAGGUACACAGAUUGAUGCUGGAGAAAAGGAAAUUAAAGUUUAUGCAAAGGCUCCUAAACCUACUGUGAAGAUCAACUGCACAGAUGGGAUCACUACACUCACCUGUGACUUUAGACACCGUACAGAUCUGACUGUAUCCUGGUAUAAAGAAGACAAUAUCAUCCAGAAUGAAAACAACCCAAACCUGCUCUUGACAUCUGCUCAAGUACAGGAGAAUAAACCGUACUCAUGCAGUGUGAGCAAUCCUGUCAGCAAAGAGCAAAGUGACAGCAUAACAGUAUCAUUUUCAGAGAUAUGUAAAAUAGAUCUACUCGAGGGAACGUCCUGCACCAUCAAGCUUCCAACAAAAAACACUGACAAAUCUAAUGAGAUCAAAUGGGUCCAUCUCUCUAGUGAUGCUGUGGUUCACAGGAAAGGUGGGAAGAUCAAGAAAAGCACUCCAGGUCUAAGAAUGGAAGAAGAUGGAUCAUUAACAUUUGAAAGUGUUAGUCUGAAGAACACCGGCAACUAUACAUACACCGUUUUUAAUAAUGAAGGUACACAGAUUGAUGCUGGAGAAAAGGAAAUUAAAGUUUAUGCAAAUGCUCCUAAACCUACUGUGAAGAUCCACUGUGUAAAUGGGAAAGUUACACUCACCUGUGACUUUGGAGACCGUACAGAUCUGACUGUAUCCUGGUAUAAAGAAGACAAUAUCAUCCAGAAUGAAAACAACCCAAACCUGCUCUUGACAUCUGCUCAAGUACAGGAGAAUAAACCGUACUCCUGCAGUGUGAGCAAUCCUGUCAGCAAAGAGAAAAGUGACAGCAUACCAGUAUCAUAUACAGGUUCCACUGAUGGCACAAAACCUCGUACACUCUUUGGCUUUGAUUUAUGGAUCAUGGUGAGCAUUUUACCAGGCGGAGGAUCCCUUCUGCUGCUGCUGAUAUGUGUUCUGCUCAUCUGUGCGUGUCGAAGCUGUAAAAAACAAAAACAGCACGAACAAGAUGAAGAUGAGCUCAGGCUGAGGAUUUUUCACGAUGAAGGUCAUAACGGUACAGCCAGAUCCAAACAGACUGCUCGGGGGCAACCAGCGCCCCCCAUCCCGCAAGAUGAGACAUCUCCACAAACCCCAACUCAAACCCAGACUCAGCCCAAAGCCCAGGCCCGCGGUCGACCUCCACCACCUCCUGAAGAAGAUGAUGAAAAUCCUCCUCCCUUACCUCGGCCGAGGAAUAAACAACACCGCAGGAAACACGAAGAACCGUAUCGACCAAUGGAAUGAGACGCUUGUGUGUUCACUGAAUGACAGUAACUCGGGGCCUUGAUGGAGUCAUUUUCUUAAGCCGUACUGCGAUGCUGAGAUGGGCAUUUAAGAGAUAGCAUGGUCAUGUAUUCUCCUUCAUGUCGUUACAAACUUGUAUUGUUUUCUUUAUUUUCUUCAGACACCAACGGAGGUCUUAGGCAGAAAGUCAAAGUGGUUCUUGUCUAUACGAGGAAAAGAGAUGGUGGUUUAUACUAAAACAAUAGUCCUUUAGAUGCUUGUGUGUGCUAUACUCAAAGUCUUCUGAGGACUAUUUAUCUAAUGAUUUACAAUGCAAAAUGUUGAUAAUCAAAAGAUACACUUUUUUUUUUUUUUAAAUCAAGAAAACGUACAUAAUUAGUACAUCUUCCAAAGAGAGUUUGUCUUAGUCUAAAUCACUGUAAGCUUCUAACAAUUAUUUAUAUUUUAAAAGUUCUCAGGGAGAAUUUCCUGAGAAACUGCAUGCUUUCGUCAUUACGCUGUUUAUGUUCUGUUUAUGUCAUAUUCGUGAAUAAAAGAAAGCAAUCAGAAUAUCACUAUAUUAAUAAGUGGAUGUAGCUUGAAGAAGAAACAGCUGAAUAUUGAACCAAAAAGUGAAAAGGGAAAGCUAAAGUAUCUGUAAUAAAACACAAAUCAAUAUAUUUGACAUAGA